AUGGAUCCCAUAACAGACAGUCGGCCGAAAGCCGUCGACAGGGACAGCACAGCUACCAGCUGCAACUCGACCCUGGAUGAAAAUCAGAUCGAAAACGACCGCGAGGUGACCAACUUGGCGCGGGUACUGAGUGAGCGGUCGAAGCAUUCGCAUCAUCAGCUCCCGUUCAACUUUGGAAAAGACCCGUCCCUCGACCCCCAGAAUGCCCAGUUCAAUGCGAGAGCCUGGGCCAAGGCCUUCUACAAUGUCCGGUACAGUUCGACAGACGCGCCUCCACCACGAGUUGCUGGUGUCGCGUUCAAGAAUCUCAAUGUUGCUGGCUACGGAAGUCCAGUCGAUUACCAGAUGAGUGUAGGGAAUGCGCUUCUCAAGUUGCCGACGCUUGCCUGGCAAUGGCUAGGGGGCAAAAAGCAACGGACUGAGAUCCUCCAGGACGUGGACGGGCUGCUGCUUCCCGGCGAACAACUCUGCGUGCUUGGCCCUCCGGGGUCAGGCUGUUCGACUCUGUUGAAGACCAUCGCACAGGAAACUCACGGCUUUGAAGUGGAUCCCUCUUCGUACGUCAAUUACCAGGGCAUUACUCCGAAACAGAUGUCCAAAAAGUUCCGUGGCGAAGCGAUUUAUACCGCCGAGGUGGACGCACAUUUUCCUCAGCUUGUUGUCGGGGACACCCUAUACUUUGCAGCGCUCGCUCGGACGCCUCGCCACGUCCCUGGAGGCAUGAGCCGAGAGGAGUACGCCGUUCACUUACGCGAUGUCAUCAUGUCGACCUUUGGCAUCAGCCACACGAUCAACACCAAGGUUGGUAACGACUUCGUUCGGGGGGUUAGCGGAGGGGAGAGGAAGCGAGUUACUAUUGCAGAGGCGGCAUUGAGCUACGCUCCUCUGCAGUGUUGGGACAAUAGCACUCGGGGGUUGGAUAGUGCCAAUGCUGUCGAGUUUUGCAAGACCCUACGGACACAAGGAGACGUUUUCGGGAUCACCUCCUGUGUUGCAAUCUAUCAGGCUCCUCAAGCCGCCUAUGAGCUCUUCGACAAGGUCACCGUUCUCUACGAGGGAAGGCAGAUUUACUUCGGUCCUGCAAAGGAAGCUAAAGACUACUUCAUCCGUCUCGGCUUCGUUUGCCCUGAAGCUCAAACUACGCCUGACUUUUUGACCUCCAUGUCGAGCCCAGUCGAGCGCGUCAUCCGGCCUGGAUUCGAGAACUUAGUGCCCAGGACAGCCGAUGACUUUGCGCAGAGGUGGAAAGAGAGUCCUGAACGCCAGGCACUUCUACGUGACAUUGACCGGUAUAACACCGAGCACCCCUUUAACGCCACAGACCUUGAUCUCUUUUCGUCUUCGCGGGAUGCAGAGAAGUCCAAGAACCAGCGACCGAAAUCUCCAUAUACCUUGUCAUACUGGGGCCAGAUUCGAAUCUGCUUGUGGAGGGAUUUCCAACGGCUGAAAAACGACCCCAGUGUGACACUGGCCAUGCUGAUUCUAAACUUCUUCGAGGCCUUGAUCAUUUCCAGUGUGUUUUACAAUCUUCCUGGAAAUACCUCCUCCUUCUUCUCCCGUGGCGCAUUGCUGUUCAUGAUGGUCCUCUUGAGUGCCUUUUCCAGCGUUCUCGAAAUCAUCACGUUGUACGAGAAACGAACAAUUGUCGAGAAACACAGCAGAUACGCCCUUUACCACCCUAGCGCUGAGGCUAUUUCUUCGAUGAUUAUGGAUAUGCCAUACAAGAUUGUCAACUCCCUGCUCAACAGCCUUGUCCUGUACUUCAUGGGAAACCUCCGACGUGAAGCGGGAGCGUUCUUUUUCCUCUACCUGAUCUCCUUCGCCAUGAUGAUGGGCAUGUCUAUGUUCUUCCGUUUUUUCGCCUCUCUGACGAAAUCGAUUGAACAAGCCCUCGCCCCCUCUUCAAUCAUCUUGCUUGCUCUGGUUCUAUACACAGGCUUUGCCAUCCCGGUUAGCUAUAUGCGAGGUUGGGCUUCCUGGAUCCGGUGGCUCAACCCAGUUUCGUAUGGCUUUGAAGCCGUCAUGGUUAACGAGUUUAACGGGCGAGAGUUCCCUUGCGUAUCUUUUGUCCCUUCGGGGCCUGGUUAUGAGAAUGUCUCGCCACAGGAAAGGGUCUGCUCGACAGUUGGGGCGGUGCCUGGGUCGGAUGUUGUUCAGGGUGCUGAUUUUGUUCGAUCAUCAUAUGGCUACGAAUAUAGCCAUCGUUGGCGCAACUUCGGGAUCAUUGUUGCUCUCACCGUUUUCUUGACGAUGUGCCAUUUGGUCACAUCCGAGCUGGUCUCUUCUCAGCGCUCCAAGGGAGAGGUGCUCGUUUUCCGUAGAGGCAAGGCGCAAAAGAUGCGGGAAAAGCGACACCACACCGAUGAGGAGCAGAUAGCAGCACCCGCAGCGCAGAACGAAAAGGUUAUCCAAGAGGAGCCUGGCCUGGUUUCAGGUGUGGAGCAGCAGUCUUCAAUUUUUCACUGGGAAGAUGUGACCUAUGACAUCAAGAUCAAGGGCGAGACAAGGCGGAUCCUCGAUCGUGUAGACGGCUGGAUUCGGCCGGGGACUUUGACAGCGCUGAUGGGCGUUUCCGGUGCUGGCAAGACGACUCUUCUGGAUGUAUUGGCGAGUCGCACCACGAUCGGCGUUGUUGGAGGGAAUAUGCUGGUUGACGGCCGAUCUCGAGAUGAAUCCUUCCAACGUAAAACCGGCUAUGUUCAGCAGCAAGACCUGCAUUUGCAUACGUCGACCGUACGAGAAGCAUUGAAGUUCAGUGCUCUUCUCCGGCAGCCGCCUCAGUACAGCAGGGCUGAGAGGUUAGCCUAUGUUGAGACCGUCAUUGAUCUGCUCAACAUGAGAGAGUACGCUGACGCAAUUGUCGGAGUUCCGGGUGAGGGCCUGAAUGUCGAGCAACGAAAACGCCUCACAAUUGGUGUCGAGCUGGCUGCCCGUCCGAAGUUGCUACUCUUCUUGGAUGAACCUACCUCUGGGCUGGAUAGUCAAACCUCAUGGUCGAUCUGCAACCUCAUGGAGACCUUGACAAAGAAUGGCCAGGCAAUUCUGUGUACUAUCCAUCAACCUUCGGCAAUGUUAUUUCAGAGGUUUGACCGACUCCUACUGCUAGCGAAAGGGGGCAAGACUGUGUAUUUUGGCGAAGUUGGCCAAGGAGCAAGAACCCUUAUGGACUACUUUGUCCGCAAUGGUGGUUCGGCUUGUCCUCCAGGGGCCAAUCCAGCUGAGCAUAUGCUUGAGGUGAUUGGGGCUGCGCCAGGGGCACAGACAGAUAUCGACUGGCCUGAAGUGUGGAGGAGCAGUCCUGAGUACCAGCAAGUACGAAGUGAACUUGCAAGACUAAGAGAGUUGGCCAAUCGUCCAUCGCCAGUCUCAGACCCGAAUGACAAGUCUAGCUAUGCUGAGUUUGCAGCACCGUUCUCUGAGCAGCUCCUUCAAGUCGGCCGCCGAGUGUUUCAGCAGUACUGGCGCAGCCCGUCCUACAUUUAUUCGAAAGCUUUGUUGACUGUUGGCUGUUCCCUCUUUAUUGGAUUCUCGUUCUUCAAAGCGGACAACACCAGACAAGGCCUUCAGAAUCAGAUGUUCGGUGUCUUUGUAUUUCUUUUUGUAGUCGUUCAGCUCGUCAUGCAAGUCAUCCCCUCCUUCGUCACACAGCGAACUCUCUAUGAGUCGCGGGAACGACAGUCGAAAACUUAUGCAUGGCAAGCAUUUGUUCUUUCCAACAUCAUCGUCGAGUUUGUGUGGAAUACAAUCAUGGCCAUCUUCUGCUACCUCGUCUGGUUCUAUCCUGUCGGCUUGUACCAGAACGCGCGAUAUACGGACACCAUUCACUCCCGAAGCACUCUCACAUUGCUUAUCAUCUGGGCGGUCUUCCUUUUCGCCAGUUCAUUCGCGCACAUGCUGAUUGCCGGCGUGGAUAGUGCGGAGAUGGCAUCCGCCCUCUCCAAUAUCUUCUUCAUCAUGAUGUACGCAUUCUGCGGUAUUCUUGCCGGUCCAAAUGCGCUUCCCGGCUUCUGGAUUUUCAUGUACCGUGUCAAUCCGCUUACAUACCUCGUGUCCUCCUUGCUAUCAGCCACUCUUGGAGAUGCACCCAUGCACUGCGCCAAUAAUGAGGUCUUGACAUUCUUCGCGCCACCGGGGCUAACCUGUCGCGAGUAUAUGGAAGAUUACCGGUCUGUCAAUGGGGGUUACUUGCUCAACCCGGAUGCGCAAGGCAGUGAUCAAUGUCAGUUCUGCAGCUUGGAGUACACCAACCAGUACCUGAGCAGUCUUAGUAUUGACUUCAAUAACCGGUGGCGGGAUUUCGGCCUCCUCUGGGUCUACGUUAUUGUCAACACCGUCGGAGCAAUCGUCUUCUACAAGCUGUUCCGGGUGCCUAGGGCAAAAAAGGAUUAA